AUGGCGCCCUCAAUCUGGGAAAAGACCAAAGGGACCUCGAAAAAGGGCUUUGAUAAGGCAUGGCAUACUCUCGACAAAUUGGGGGACCCUGUGAAUCGCUUGUCCAAUAAGGUUGGUGCCGAAGCCUUCUGGCCGAUGACCCUGGACAGAGAAAGCGACAAGGCAGCUCGCAUAUUACGAAGCUUUUGCAAAGAUGGUUUCUACGCCGAUGAUGAGGCCGAAAAACAAAGCACAGAUGCUGUGAAGAGUGGCAAAAUAGAUCGCCCCAAGGGCAAGCAACGAGUUAUAAAGAAGAUCCCCACGGAGGUCAUCCAGCGCGCUAAAGGUCUCGCCAUCUUUACCACGAUGCGUACGGGUCUCUGGCUCAGCGGCUCGGGGGGAAGUGGCGUCCUCUUGGCUAGAAUCCCCGAGACCGGUGAAUGGAGUCCUCCCUCGGGUAUCAUGCUUCAUACCGCCGGCAUUGGCUUUCUAGCGGGCGUUGAUAUCUAUGACUGCGUGGUCGUGAUCAAUACGUAUGAGGCGCUAGAAGCAUUCAAGAAGGUUCGCUGUACAUUGGGUGGGGAAGUUAGCGCAGCCGCAGGUCCAGUGGGCAUGGGAGGUGUACUAGACUCUGAGGUUCACAAGCGCCGAGCUCCCAUAUGGACCUACAUGAAAAGUCGAGGCCUGUAUGCAGGCGUCCAGGUAGAUGGAACGAUCAUUAUUGAGCGCACCGACGAGAACGAGCGUUUCUAUGGUGAGCGCAUAUCCGUGACGGAUAUCUUGGCUGGGAAAGCAAAACGUCCUCCGACAUCGAUUAAAACCCUCAUCCAGACCGUCAAGGCGGCCCAGGGCGAUAAGGAUGUCGAUGAAAGUCUGGUUCCUGCUCCGGGAGAACCAACUCCUGGGGAUGUAGAAGUACUACCGACCUCUGGUAGUUCUUCUCCUCCUGGCAAGUUUGGAAUUCCGGCUCCGGAUGACCCGGAUCCUUUCGGCGUCAAAGCUUUGGAGGCCGAGGGCCUCUUUAUUCGCGAAGCCGGCACCAAAACUCGUCCACGUGUGGAUAGCUUUGAAUUUCGACCCAGCCCUAACAGCCCUAUUUAUUCGACCUUCCGCCACAGCGUUGAUAGUUCACCACGCAACAGUUGGCGGGCUAGUGUACAGAGCUACUCCAGUAUCGACAGAGGUACUCAAACCGACGAACCCCCACUGACGGCCCCGACUACUAUCAGCCGCGCCUCAUCCCGGAGUAAUCGAGAUUUUACGGAACGCUCGGAGAAAAACCCAUGGGAUCAUGAGGAGCGUGGAUGGGAAACUAUUAUCCCAGAGCACCCAGUGGAGCACUCUCACAAUGCCACCCAUGACGGCGACGAUGGCCUAGUGGACGAUGACGUUGAAAUACACGAGGUCAGCAGUGUCACAGUCACGAAAUGCGACAGUUUCCCUUCUUCGCCCGUUGAAGAUUUGACCUCAACGAGCCCCAAGCGUCAAUCACCUACCUUCACUCGUGCGCGACUAGUGACAAUCCCCAAGAGGACUCCUCCUGCAUUGCCGCCGCGAAAUCCUACCGGGGAGGCUAUGGGUCAAUGUCAACUCCAGUCUCACCUACUGCUGGUCCUCCGUCCCCUAGCAAGCGAGCUGCCUCUGGACGUAAAGAUCGACGCGUCUAGUAUUUCAUCUACUGAGGCUUCUCACCUCCAUCAGAAUGACAAUGUCGACAAGGAUGAAUUUCAUUCUAUCUCGACCGUCGGCACAUCCGACUCGGCGUCGGAUGGGGGCUUCAGUGCCAAAGAUGCUUCGGUCACCGGCACUAGUCCCUCGAAGACCGAAGACACUUACCACACUUUUGAUGAUAUAACCGGCAACACCCUUUCCAAGCUUCAGCCUCGUCACCCAUCGGACGUCGCAAAACCAACCGCCACGGAAUUAGAACACUCAACAACCAUCACCGAACAUCACUACAAAUCUGCAAUGCAUUCUUCACUUGCCUAG